GACAAGCCUGCUUUUAUUUGAUUUUUCUCAAAAUGGGUUUGUUUGUUACAUCCAAAUUGCCGGUUCACUCCCCACCCCCACCCCCACCCCCACCCCCCACGAGCCGGCAGAUCCGGGUCUCCAGUCAGUGAUGGCGGCUCGUCUCCCGGAUCCGCUCUUCCUCGGAGGUGGAUGGACACACGGCCUUCUGCGCACGGUGGCUCUGUGGCUGGAUAGACCGUUCUCUUGGUUCUGCUCUUCUGCAUCCUCCUCCCUUUGUGAGGGGCUCCUCGGUUCUCUCGGGCAGCAGCGCCCCUUCACAGUCGAAUGUCCCAGCAUGUCCAGCCAUUCCCAGUUGGCCGAGAAUCCCCUCCGUCUCCAGGUUUUCGCCAGAGCCCCGUCCUGGGGUCCCACCUGCAUCGCGGCGCUUUACGUCCCCAGACAGGCGGAGGCGUUUGACCUAGAGAGGAGUGAGAUGUCCAUCCGGGAUACUGGGAAGGCAUAAAAGGAGUUCCAGCAAGUGGGCGCUCCCUUUUCUACCGAGAGCCCGGUGGAGAGCGGCUGCGGGCUUUGGAGCGGGCUCCUCCCUGGGCCCGGCCCGGCUCUUCUUCAAGUGAAUAUGAAUAAUCUCUAUGGAAAUGAAGGCCUGCGGCGAACCCUCUAAACUAGACCUGAGGGCCGAGGAGGCUCCGCCGCAGUGGUCAGCCGAGGGUCCGCAGUGGUUCGCCGCUGCCGCGGGCGGGCCUCCCCGCUUCUGCGAUGGAUACAAUACAAUACAAUACUGUGUAUUGGCUCCAAGGCAGAAGAGCAGGUAAGGGCUUGGCAGUGGGGGUUGUGACUUGCCCAGAGUCACAUAGCUGGUAAGUGUCUGAUGUCAGAUUUGAACCCAGGACCUCCUCUCUCUAGGCUUGACUCUCAAUCUACUGAGACACUCAGCUGCCCCCUUGGAUUCUAAUUUUAAAGACUGAAUUUCAUUCUUGACUUUUUGAUCAUUCUUUGAGGGUCAUUUUUCACUUUCUUUGUCUUUGUCUUUGUUUUCAAGCUGGUCAAUUCUGGCUUUCAAGACACUAUUUUCUUAUUUUAGUUCCUAUGCCUCUGUUUCUAGAUGACCUAUUUUGCUUUUUAAAUUUUUUUCCCAAUUGCCUUCACUUUCUUAAUUGCUUUUUGAAUUGUGUUUUGAGUUCUUCCAAAGCCUGUGUCCAAUUCGCUGGAGUACCUGAGUUUUUGCUUAGUAUUCCUUGUUCCUCCUCUGUUCCAUUUAUUUGUUGUUCAUUACCUGGAUAGAAGCUGUCAUUGUAAUUUUUUUCUGUUGUUUACUCAUAUUUUUUCUUUCUUUCCCUCCUGUCAUUGGCUGUAAUCUUGCUCCUCUGUUUAUUUGUGGAAUCUUUGGCUUUGGGCUAUUCUGUUCCAAAGGGGCUGCUUCACUGAUUAACUACAUUAGGCUGGUGGCGUAUUAAUGAGCCCUGAGGCCAGAUUUUCUCCAGCUGCCAGUAGAAAAUGAAUGUGAAGGUGUAGAAGCUGAAUGUAGAUGCCCUCAUCCUCCUCUCGACUCCUUUUCUGCCAGCUGCCAGGUCAGAGCCCUGAGCCCUGGUAGUAUCAAGGUAACCUGUAGUGGUUGUGGUUGCAGCCUUCGCCCCGGGAUCCCAGUCAGAUGGAUUCUUACUGUAGGUCUCAAUGCAGUAGGUGGAGUAGGAGUGUUGGGAUUGAGCUUCUCUGUCCUCUGAAGGCUUCUCAUCUGCACUCUUGAUAGACUAGAUUAAGUUGGGCUGGGCUGAUCUGCAGAGCUGGAUGUACCCUGAGGCCAAAGGCAGAGGCUCUUCUCUGCCCCUGUCCUCCAGAUGCCUCCCUGCCAGCUGUGGUCAGAGUCCUGAGCCUCCCGUCGCGGUGAUAGCAAGGCACUCUCUCCAGGCUGGAGCUGAUUCUGUUUCACUCCAAGGCUUGUGCUGGCUUGCAUGGAUGGGGCCUGCUGCUGGCAUGCACCAAGUCUGAUAGACUCCUGGCUGGCACAUGGGGAAGAAAUUUCACAUCAUCUUUUUUCUCCCCAGAGAUCCUCAUAUGUCACUGAUAGGACACAUAACUCGUUGGAUCCCGAAGGUAGAAACCAUUCAUAGAAGCACAGUUCUCAACUUCCUUCCAAAUGACCACAUAAAAAAUUUCUCAGUAUUCCAUUGAGUUUCUCAUGGUCAAGGGUCAAAGGAUUGGCUUGGCCGCUCAUAAGGGGGAUGGCUGUUGAGGGAAUCUUUUUUUGUGCUUCAGUUUCCUUCUAAAAAUUACUGUUGGAUGGGAUGACUUCUGAAGUCUCCUCCUGCUGGUGUAGAUGUUGCUGACAUUCAAGGAUGGGCUGUGGACUUCACCCAGGAGGAGUGGUACCUCUUGGACCCUGGUCAGAAGGAAUUGUACAAGGAGGGCAUGCUGGAGAAUGCCCAGAAUGUGCUCUCCCUGGGUAAAGCCCUGAGAAAGGGCUCCCUUUCCCUUGCGGCCACGCAAGGUUUCUAACACUUAUCAAUUAUUUGUAAGGCCAAAAUGCUAAUCUCUUGUGUCCUUCCACAGGAUUGUCCUGCUUCCUGGUUUUCCUGUAUAAGAUCUUUGCAGUCCUGAUACUGAUGAGCUGAGUUUUCCUUUACUGUUCCUGAAGCUGUCUCUUACUGGUUCUGGGGAUCUUCAGGUGAGAAAAUCAAAUCAGUGUUGAAGAAUCUCAGCCUUAAGUAAUCUCAGGGGUUCGAGCUAGUCUGACUUCUACUGAAUGUUGUCUGCCAAAUUUCUGUAACCUGCUCAUGCAGGUUACAGAAUGCAUGCACCACCCUUGAACGGUAGUGAAGGGAACCCCCCAGUUCCUAAAAUGGCCCCUUCCUCUUUGGAUUGGAUAGAAUCUUCAGCGGGUUCUUUAUUGUUAAGAAGCACAAAAUUGUAGCUCGCUGCUCCUAGUCUCACUCUCAGAAGCCGAGUAUAGCAAGCGUGUCUUUGUUCUUCCUUCAUACCUCCCCCAAAUUCCAGUACAAAUGGUGGGAAAGGGAGGGAAGGGCAUAAGCAUUUCUAUAUGCCAGACACCAUGCUAAAAACUUUGAAAAUCUUUUCUAAUUUAAUUUUCACAACAACCCUGUGCCUUAGAUGAUAUUUAUCCUCACUUUGCACUUGAGGAAACAGAGCGCCUGAGACACGUAGCCAUUAGGGAUUUGAGAAGAGAUUUGAAUGCGGGACUUUCUGAAUCUAUGUCCAAGGCACUCUGAAGGCAGUGGAGAAAAAAGAACGUUAUGAUUCCAAAUUGGCUUCCUGAUUAUCCCCUUCCCAUCAUCCACCAAAGCUCUCAAUGAUCAAUGCCAUAGAUACGCUCAAGCCAAGAGGCACUGGUUCAGCCCCGUAGGAGUGGAAGGGAGGACAGAGCCUUCCCUGGAUGUCCUCUGAGUGUCUUUUCUGAUCUUUACGGUCCGCCCUUUGUCUCCUUCCCCGGGGCUGCCCCUCCCCUCAGGGAGCCUCCAGAGGUCCCUGUGUGGGUUCCGGACCCGCUCCGGUCCCUUCCCGUCCCAGCAGAGCCGGGCAAAGGUCAGUCCUUGACGGGCACAGGAACCGGCUGGCCGAGGCCAGGACGCCUGUUCCUGAAAGGUUCUCUGCUGGAGCUGUUCAUUUCCUGUAUAAAUAAAAAACGAAAUCUUGACCCCCAUAUUAUAAUGGGGGGAUUGUUUGUAAAUAAGUUACUCCAAUUUAUGCUGAGUGACUAUGCAAAUGAAUAAUUUACAAGAGAUUCAUGGUAACUCCAACUGAAACAAAAACUUGGGGUGGAGUACAGUCUCUUAAGUAAGUAGUGGGACAUGUUUGUUUGCUUUACACAUUCACAUUUCUGGGCCUUCAAUUAUUAUUUCACUUUGCUUUGAUUAUAACAAUUUGCUUUGAAAAGAAAAGGCGGGGAAAGGAUGAAACACUUUGAAUUCAGGUAAGAGUCCGGGUUCUUGAUCAGGUCUUUCCUUUUGAGUGGUGGAUACAGUUCAAUGAUCUAUCACACAACUAUACCCCAGUUCAAAGUUCAAAAAUAGUAUUAGUUGCAAUUACAAAGACUUUUACCUUAAACAACCUAUCUCACCAAUUGCACCUUGGAGCUGAGCUAUACAUACAUAUAUAUGUAGCUAUAGAUAGAUUUACAUAUACAUACACAAUGAAAAGUUUUGAUUUUACAAGUCAUAACCAAUUUUCCUUUCCAAUAAUUUUCCAGUUUUUUCUAAGUUUCAAUACUUACUGACAAUUCUUCCCAAUUUAUACAGAAAAAGAGCUAACUAUUUUGCUGGGAAUUAAGUUUCCAUAAACAUGAUCUUGAUUGAUGAAGGCUGGUACAGGAGGUUGGGAGCGAUUCUCUUAGGAGAGAAUCAACAUUCUCUUAAUGUAGCAUCACCAUUUUUGUGCAUUGCAGCAGAAGCUCCUCGCCUGGUAGGCACGUCACAGGUCAUUCUAAACUGAGCAUUCCUGUUGUUUUCUUCCUGAAUCUUUGCUUCAUUCCCAUAUUCAGAUUCCCACAACAAAUAGUCUUCUCCUGAGAGGCAACAUUUAGCUAUUUGUUUCCAGGCAUUCUGGGGGAGAAUGUUAUUAAAAAGGGUCUCCACCAAUUUUAGUAUAAAUGGAGCUAUAGGAGCCUAUAGAGAAGCAUCUUGCUUUAAAUCGUUUAAAAUGUUUAGUGGCACAGGUGGAUGUACCCAUAUAGGACUCCCCUGUGGGUCAGUCUGCUCUGCUCCUGGGAAAGAGAAAUGUUGUCGCAUUUCAUCAUUUGUAGCCUGAUUUCUCUCUGGCUAGCUGUAAUGGGGACAUCGUAGCUAUUUGUCAGGGAAGGGGCAGCAGAAGGACAGAUUCCUAGUGAUUCUACCUUGGGUUCUGCUUCUGACCUGGCGAGCUCUCCUGGACGACCUCCCAGCUAGUCCUUUCUCUCGCCCGUCCUCCAUCCUCUGGGGGUCAGAAUCUAUUCGGGCGCCAGUUGUCAGAAGCCCUGGGGACCCCUUGGUGGGGGUCCUGCGAGGUAAGAAUGCAGCCAGAUUCCGGAGGGCUGGGUGGCGACUUCAGUAUGACGCCACGCUUAGGGGUGUCACGUUAUCACAGAGACUGCUUGUGGAAAGACUCUGACCAUAACAUGUUUGAGGCUGUACUACAGAGCCAGGGAACAACUGGGAGGGUCUUCAGGAAUGGGGGGAAAAGGAAGUCUAAGCCAUUUGGUUGUGACGUUGAAGAAGCUUCUUUGGCCAGCAAAAUAACGGACGGCUCGAGGACUUAGGAAGGAGGCUUUCAGGAGAUGUCUGCGUUUUUGGUUACAGUUCGUACUUUCUGAGCUGCUACAGGCAAACUCAUAAGAACGUGUGCUGGCGUGGCUGCCUUGCCUCAAUGACUCUACAUUGUCUUUAGGGUUAUUCCUAUAUCUUCGCAGUAUCCAGGUUCCUAAAGAAGUUCUAUCAUUUACUGAAGGAAACCAUCCGGGCGACGUGACUGCCGCGGGACUCAACCUCCCCCUCUCAGAAGUAGAUGAAUCCAACCAAAAAGUAAGAAAGGAGGCGAGAUAAACAGAACUGUAGACAAGCCUACAGGGGACAUGCUGGUCCACACCUAUUUUCUGCCAGACGACGUUCCACCAUUUUGAAUGGUGAAGGAGGCAUCUACGCUGCUGAGCGUUCUGGGGAGGAUUCCCGACUGAGAAAUCUGACCGGCGUCCCAGGAAGCGAAACCCAAGACGGACUGGGCAGUCCGACCGCGAAGUUCCGGCCUCAUCAGACGUCCAAGUCAGAGGGUGGAGGCGGUUCCUAUGAGUAAGGAAGGCGGGAAAGCCCUGAGCCUGCAGAAGAACCACUUAGAGCCCCGUCACCUGAGGUCGGCCCGCAGAGCCGGCCUUGGGGGUCUGCCCGGAGGGCGCCCCAGGGAGUGCCCAUUGGCUGGGCGUCCAUGAGUCUGCCGGGGCAGGUGGAGGGCGGCGCCCCGGGCCCACUGAGCCAGGCCCGGAGGGAGGGAGGGACGGACGGACGGAGGGAGGGAUGGACGGACGGACGGAGGGACGGACAGAGGGAGGGAGGGCCGGAGUGGCCUCCUGCCUGGGCUCUUGCCACACCCUCGGGCGUCCCAGGGCAGAUGCUGGCCAGGAUGGGCCGCAUUCCAGCUUGGAAGAACGAUACACUGAAGGCGCCCCGGCCGAGGGAGGGGCUCGCACCCGCCUCCCACAGCCCCGAAGACGAGAUGACGUGGGUGAGAGCCGGCUGUGGGCUGGGGGGCUGGCAGGGAUUUGAGUUGGGUCCACUCGGCUCGCUCCCCAUCACACGGCCGGCCCACCCCAAGCCUCCCAGCGCGCCACGCCGGAGCCGACUUCAGACUAGGUGGGUGGCUCCCCUCAGACCUCCCGGGAGCAGCUGUAGAGGGAAGCAGAACCAGAAGGGCUCCCUCCGCCCUGCGGGGGGGCCACGCCGCGUCCACACUGUCCUCCCCCGACUGGGAAGCCCGUCCGCCAGGCUGGGGGGAGGGGAGAGCCCGCAGCAAGGCCUUCACCCUGAGACCGAGCGCAUCUCUGGGGCGCCGGAGAGCAAGGCCCGAAAAGGCAGCGCACGGGCAGGAGGCCCCUCACAUAAAGAGGGGGAGGCGGAGCCCCCCAGCUUGUUCUUGGGGGGACCCCGAGCCACCCCGGAGUUUAUGGUCUCCUUAUUUAGAACUGCUGAGGGAAGGCGCAGGGCGGUGGGCGGGCCUAUUGCCGAGGAGCCCCGAAAGAGACUGAGCUCGGAGGGGGGAUGGCAGGAGCAGAGACUAGCCAACGGUGUGCGCCCCCCCGGGACAGAAAGAGGGGAAACUGGGAGGAGGGGUCUCUGCCCCCCACAUGCUAGCUGAGGAUCACCCCGCAGUCCCCAGCCCGACCCCCUCUGCUGUGCGACCGGCCGGGCGUGACCAUCUGGGGCGACGCUGUCUGCACCACGGGGAGAAGGGGGGGCUCUGGGGAGGGCUGUGUGGCUUGUGGGGAAGGCCCUAAAGGGGGGGCUCUGGGGAGGGCUGUGUGGCUUGUGGGGAAGGCCCUAAAGGGGGGGCUCUGGGGAGGGCUGUGUGGCUUGUGGGGAAGGCCCUAAAGGGGGGCUCAAGCUGGAGCCAGAGUCGCAGCCUCGGGCUCUGGGGAACCAGGUCAGAGAGAAGCCUGCUGUCCUGUCUGCUCCCCGCUUCAGACCAGGAACUGUCCAGGUAAGGAUGCCUGGGAGCGAGCCUCCCCCAGCCCAGCCCCACCUGUUCCACACGAGACAAUGAGAGCCUGAGCCGGGGCUGGGGGGAAACAGCUGCUUCCUCAGGCUCUCCUGGGCCUCUGGGCCAGCUGAGGAGGAUCUCCUUCAGCACCGCCCCAGCCCAGAGGCCUGGGGGAGGCCACAGAAGGCAGCAGCAGCUGCUGGGCCCAGGCUCGGAGCCCUGAUGGACAGAGGACAGUCUGGGGGUGUCUGUGUGUCUGUCUGCAGGACUGCUGGGCUCAGGUUAUUCAGGCCUAUCUGACUCCCCCCACUUUGGGGCUUUCUGGACAGAGAGGCUGGGUGGCCUCCCUAUGUCCUUCUGCAGUCCAUUGGACAGGGGAGGAAACUGAGGCAAGCAGAGCAAAGCAACUGGUUCUGGGUCCUGCAGGGGCUAUCUCAGGCCUUCCUGACUCCAGGCCCUGAGCUCUGGCAGGCACUGAGGGGCGCCUAGGAUGGGGGUGUUGGGGAACUCCAGGCCCUUCUCUGGAUUCUAGACUCUCCUUCCAGGCUUUGGGCCUGUCCAGGAUGAUCUGGAAGGGAGCCCUAGAGGGAGGCCUCAGGGGAGGCAGCAGGGAGGGUCAAGCACCCUCUGAGGGGUCCUCCUAGGCCUGCCAGCCCCCAUCUUCUAGAAUGAGACAGAAUCAUUAAGCAAAAUCUCAUAAUUUUUAAGCAGUGACAUCAUUUUUAUAGUCUAAAGCUAUUUGGGUAUGCAUUGACAGUAGGGCAAAUAUAUUUUAAUCUCAUAUUACUGCAAAAUCAAAAAAAGUUAAAAUCAUCUCAAUAUUGGUGAUGUGCUUCAAAUACAAAAAGGAGAGAAAAACUAAAACUCAAAUACUAUAUUGCACAUACAAGGAAAAACAAUAAAGUGUUUUUAAAAAAUA